GUGAGACAACAAGCCGAAAGCGAGCCAACAAGGUCAGUGAUCAAACAUGGCGGCAUGCACAAUGAUGAGGUCCGUGUGGAGCUCAUUUACGGCGUUAAACUGUGGCGUUAGCGGCAAUUUAAGUGCUAUACAUAGGAUAACAGUACCGCAGUUGACGUCUUUAGUGACCCAGAGGAGAGGACUACGCCAAGUCGUGGAAAAGCAAGAGGGUAACACUCUAACUAUUGAAGGGAAAAUCCUGGAUAAUCCAGCUGUGCUGCAACCUCCAAACCCUGCAGCCAAGUGUCCUAUUUACAGAUGGAACCUGCAAAACAAAUACAACUACACGGAUGUGCUGCUGCUCAGUCAGUUCAUCAAUUCAGAUGGAGGGAUGCUGCCCAGAAAAAUCACUGGCUUGUGUCUUGAGGAGCAUCGCAAGAUUGUUGUGUGUGUAAAGAUGGCUCACAGAGCAGGUCUGCUUCCUGACCACAGGCCCAUACUUCCAGAGGGCCAUGUCCCAAAGCCCAAGCCACAACUCAACAGAUACCUGACCUGCUGGUCCGUCAAGUCUGUCAAGCCCAUUUAUAAACGAGGACUGAAGUGGUGCAAGAAGCACAUGCAAGUUGGAAGCCCGCUGCUCCAAAACAAUGUGCGUUACGGUCCCAAGCCCCUUCAUAUUAAACAAUGAAAGACACUAAGCCUCCCCCAAAUUUCUAUUUAACUAUGUAUAUAUAUAUAGUACUUAUUUUUGUUCAUUAAGGUGCGUAACCCUUUCAAUGAUUCACGAGCGGCCCCACUUAAACCAUAUUUACUUUUUUUAUUGCCAAAAAGCUCUUAGAGUGAACUUAAAGUGACAUCAUGGAAGGAAAAUUAGGUGUUUGAGUUACGUACCAAAUAACAUUUACCAAAUUGUUUUUCAAUAACGUAUAACAUUUGUCACUUUUUAAAGCAGGGGUGUCAAACUGGUUUUCAUUGAGGCCCAUAUAGCAGUUACGGUUGCCCUCAGAGGGCCGCUUUUAACAAUAAGUAAUAUAUGAAUAUACAUGUGUACAAACCCUGUUUCCAUAUGAGUUGGGAAAUUGUGUUAGAUGUAAAUGUAAACGGAAUACAAUGAUUUGCAAAUCAUUUUCAACCCAUAUUCAGUUGAAUAUGCUACAAAGACAACAUACCGUAAUUUCCGGACUAUAAGCCGCUACUUUUUCCCCUCGUUCUGGUCCCUGCGGCUUAUACAACAGUGCGGCUUGUUUACGGCCUGUUGUUCUCCGACACUGACGAAGAGGAUUUCGGUGGUUUUAGUACGCAGGAGGAAGACGACAACACAAUGAUUAAAGACUGACUUUUCAUAUACCGGUAGGCUGGUUAUUUUGAUAACGUACAGGCGAGCACUUUGUAUUACUUUGCACCGUUGUAUUAUUUGUACUCUGCACGAAUGAUUGAAAGAUUUAUUGUUAAUAAAUGGGACGCUUUGCGUUCCCAAACAGUCAUCUCUGUCCCGACAAUCCCCACCGUGGUAGCAGGAACCCCUAUAUACUACGGUAAUUACACAUCAAAACCCUGUGGCUUAUAGUCUGGUGCGGCUUAUAUAUGGAGCAAUCUGUAUUUUCCCCUAAAUUUAGCUGGUGCGGCUUAUAGUCCGGAAAUUACGGUAUUUGAUGUUCAAACUGAUAAACAAUUAGUGUGCAGGCUAAUUGGGAACAGGUGGGUGCCAUGAUUGGGUAUAAAAACAGCUUCCCAAAAAAUGCUCAGUCUUUCACAAGAAAGGAUGGGGUGAGGUACACCCCUUUGUCCACAACUGCGUGAGCAAAUAGUCAAACAGUUUAAGAACAACGUUUCUCAAAGU